GUCUGAAUAAGGGUUAGAAAUUAUAUGAUCUCUAAUUCCGCUUUGUAUCUGGGCGUUUGAAGCAUUUUGAAAUAGGAUAUCUCAAGUUGAAAAGGAUUGUUUCUGAAAAUGAAAACCAUUAAAUUCACAGAAGCAAUCGUGGUUUUAUUUGUAUUAAUAUUAGGCAUUUUCUCAUUAGCAAGAGGUGAAAAGGAUUCAGAUACUGCCGCAACUUCUUGCUCAAAAGACCCACAGACAGGACAGUGCAGCACCGACAAAGAAAGCUAUCAUCAUAAAGAUGACAAAAACAGUAUAGCAGAAAAUAAAGCCAAGUACUUAAGUGACAAUAUCGACCCCUCACCCCUCAUCCCCAGGGGGAAGAAACCCAUCAUGAUCUGGUGGACAGACCACAUCUUUCCCCACACUAAAGCACAGGCUAAUCAUGAGAUUUACUGCAAGAAAGGAGGCUGUAUCACUUCAAUUGACAAGAAACUAAAAGAUGACCCUGCAACGAGGAUGAUGAUUUUUUAUGGGACAGAUCUGAGGGCAGAUGAGAUGCCAUUGCCUAGAAACCCCUGGGAUGAGUGGGCGGUAUUCCAUGAAGAGUCACCUAAAAAUAAUUGGAUGCUGACCUUUGAGGAUGCAUUAAGAAUGUUCAACCACACAGCUACGUUCAGGCGCGAAUCAGAUUAUCCUGUGUCCAGCCAAUCAAUACGGGACCUUAAGGACUGGACCAAUCCUCCGUUACCCCUCAAGACUAAAAACAGAUUGCAAAAGGAAAAAGGUCUCGCUGCAGUAGUGUACGUACAACGUGACUGCUACACACCCUCCGAUAGAGAACGCUACAUGGCGGAGUUGAUGAAACACAUUAAGAUAGACUCGUACGGACCCUGUUUGAAUAACAAGAAGAUGCCAGAAGAAAUCGACGGAUUUCACAAGCUGCAAAGCCCAAAAUUCUACGAAUUCCUCGCCCAGUAUAAGUUCCACAUAGCGUUUGAAAACGCUAUCUGUAACGACUACAUGACGGAGAAACUUUUCCGACCGCUCGAAGUUGGUUCGGUACCAAUCUAUAUGGGUUCGCCAGUUGCUCGGGAUUGGAUGCCGAAUCACAAGUCAGCGGUUUUCGUCGAUAAUUUCGAAAGCCCUAAAGAUCUUGCGGAUUAUAUAAAGUAUCUGGAUGCGAAUGACGAAGAAUACGAAAAAUAUUUAGACUACAAGAAACCAGGUCAAAUAAACAAUGAAUAUUUACUUAAUGCUAUUGAAAACCGUCCCUGGCGCGUCCUGGGAGACUGGGAUAAAAUUAACUUUGGACACCGGAUGUAUGCAGAUUGGGAGUGUUAUUUGUGUGACCGCAUGAUAGAGCGACAGGAAGCACUGCGGGCUCAUAAGUUGAAUCCGGACAAAAUUCCACCCCCUCCCCCAAAGUUUGCCAACAAGGAUCACCUUGAAUGUCCAGAACCUGUGGUUUCCCUGGAGAUGGAAAAUCCUGCGAACAAGAGUGUUAUUUAUUGGCAAGGAUUUCGAGAAGCGAGAGCAUUUAGGAAAAUGUUAGAAGCAGGAGAGACAGACACGAGGACAUUUACGUCGAAAUAUCUCCGAGAAAACACAGACAAAUAUUUCUGGAAAAAAACAGACAAUCAUUGAAAACAAGAACAUUUUAUUAAUUUAUUAAAUAACCAAAACGCACGAUUCUUGAACUGACAAGCACAAGUGAAAAGUCGAAACGUUUACAAAAUAUGAGCAUAAAUUUGACCUAAAAGUGACGUCAUUAUUAUGAAAUGAGAGAUGUAGUGCGCAUGUGCAGUAAAUGAUUGAUUGCCUUGCAAUCGAUUUUCCUAGUGCUGCUUCGGCAAGGAAAACAAAGUAAAUUAUGCUAAGAAAAUACUAGGCUAAGAAACGAUGGAAUUAAUUAUUUUCCAAGCAUGUUCAGUACGAGUUUCACUUGAGUCAGCACUUGCAGACAUUUUGAAAACUUUUUCUCAUGAUACGAUAUUUAUUGGUCUCAAUUUGAACGACCGUUUUAUAGAAUUGAAUAGAAGAUAAUAUCUAUAGUAUGAAUUUUAAUUCUAGACAAAUAAAAUAUACCAGCUAAUAGCGUAUUUUCUUCUAAUAUAUAAAUUUAUUUAUUUAUUAAUUUCCUACUAAAAUGUUUCCUUUCGCAAACGUGGUCGCUGUCUGGUUAAAUUUCAAAGAGCGUUUUGAAUAGUUGUAGUGUUUUAUUCUUCAUGCAUUAAAAUGUUUUUAAUCUUGAA